CUCAAAAAGUAACAAUUUUUCUCUGAAAUUUAACAAAUCUUCUCACCUUCUCUCUCUUUGUGAAUUUGACGAUUUCAUUUCAAUGUUUUGUAAUAUCAGAAUUUGAUAUUUCGAUUUCGAUCUGUUGAGUUAUAAGUGCAAGCUGGAGAUCAAGGUUUCGGGGACUUUUGAGAUUUGAUCUUGAUGUCUGCACCGCCGACGGCGCCGGCGUCGUAUUGGUGUUACAGGUGCAGCCGAUUUGUGAGGGUAUGGAGCCGCGACACCGUGAUUUGCCCGGACUGCAACAGCGGCUUUGUGGAGGAGGUUGAUAACCCGCCGCUUGCCAGCCAGGCGGAUGCGCGUCGGAGGCGGUUCCCUGCCGCCGCGAUGUACAUGGUCGGGAAUCGAUCAAAUCCGGACCAGAGCCUGACCCCUGCUCUCCGAAGGACCCGCCGUAUCGCCGGAGACCGGUCGCCGAUUAAUCCGGUAAUAGUUCUCCGUGGACAGUCCGAUGGGGAAAACGAGAGUCGGGGAUUCGAGUUGUAUUACGAUGAAGGCGAUGGCUCUGGGUUGAGGCCCUUGCCGCCGAGUAUGUCGGAGUUUUUGUUGGGAUCCGGUUUUAAUCAGUUGCUGGAUCAACUCUUGCAGAUUGAAAUGAACGGAAUAGGUCGCUGUGAGCAUCCUCCGGCGUCGAAAGCUGCAAUAGAGUCCAUGCCGACAAUAAUCAUCGACCAGACUCACAUAGCAAUGGAAUCUCACUGUGCAGUUUGUAAGGAAGCUUUUGAAUUGGAGUCGGAGGCAAAGGAGAUGCCAUGUACGCACAUCUACCACUCCGAUUGCAUCCUACCUUGGCUUUCCCUCCGCAAUUCGUGCCCUGUUUGCCGUCACGAAUUGCCGGCGGAUAGCCAUGGCUCGCCCGUGUCUAAUCACAGCGGUCGGCUUUUGGGUUCGAACAGCGAAGAUGAUUCUGUGGGAUUGACGAUAUGGAGAUUGCCGGGAGGAGGGUAUGCUGUGGGGAGAUUUUCAGGGGCAAGAAGAGGAGGUGAGAGGGAGCUGCCUGUGGUGUACACGGAGAUGGACGGUGGGUUCAACGGUGGGCGUGUGCCGAGGAGGGUCUCAUGGGGUGCAAGGGGAAGUAGGGGAGGAAGAGAGAUCCGUGGGCUUCGUCACUUAGUCCGCAAUUUGUUUUCUUGUUUUGGUAUUGGAAAUGGAAAUGAUAGUGGAAGGAUUGAAAAUGGGAGUAGGAGUUCAAAUUCGAGCUCGAGCACUGGUAUGAGGAUUAGGAGUAGUACAACAUCAAUAAGAAGAAGGGGUUGGUUAAUGGAGGCUGAUUGAGUGAGGAGCAGAUGGUGAAUUAUGUGAGAGACAGAAGGCAUUGAAGUUGGAACGUGUGUAUAUACUGAAGAGGGAGAAAAGUGUUGCACUUGAUGGGCAAUUUACAAGUCUCAAUCUUUCUUAAUUGGGAAACUGUUACUGAUUUGCAGUAAACAUGAACUAAUUGGGAUGUUUGAGGGAAACAGAAAGAGCAGAAGCAGUGGAGUUCAAACACGGAAAAUACGGAAUCAGUGUUGUUGUUUGGGGAGAAAGUAUUGAACAAAAUGGUAUGUCUGAGAAGCAGAAAGAUCAGAUGCAGAGAAGCUCAAAGAGGGAAGAUGUGGAAUUAGUGUUGUUGUCCGGGGAUAAAGAAGGUACCAAUAUUGCCAUUUGCCACUAUUAGAGGAUCGGUAGUCUUCUUUUUUUUUUUUUUUUUUGCCUUUUGUUUUGUCUUUUUCGCCAUUAUGUGUAAUAUUUAGUUAAGCUUGUUAUGUUCCAUCUUCAAUGUCAUUCUUUUCGGAAAAAAUUCUAUAAAUGCUAUAAAAAAGACAAAAAAAAAAAAGGCUGCUUGAAA